CUCUCUCCCUCCCUCCCAUCAACAAGACGGCGUUAGUUGUGUUUCCUUCAUGCUGUUCUACUCUGGAAGAUGGGCACCGUGGGAUGGACAUUCCCUCCCGUCGUCCUCUUACUAUGUCAGGUACUAAGCCAAGUCCUGAUGCAAGGGGGCGCUAAUCUGCCCAACGACCUUUACCCCUUGACCCCUAGCAUGUCCUUGACCUCUGACACAAACAGCUCAAACUAUGACGUGGUGAUCGACGAACUCAGUCAAGACUUCAGGAUCUCGCUUGAGACUCCCGAACUGCAGAAGCCAAGUUUUACACAACCCAUCUACCUCAACCACCCCGGGUACCCUGUGCAUGGCAAGGAAAGUGCAGUUCAGGACGGAGAUCACCAUGGUAAGAUCUUUCCAACAAACGCAACAUUCUUCAGCACGCUGGAUGCCGGAUAG